AUGCCGGUGUCGCACCCAGAACCGGCACCUGCACCCCCUCACAUCAUGCCUUCUCCUCUGCACGUCCCAAACAUCCCCAAGCUGAACCUGCCCUUGCAUUCUCUAACGUCCCUUACUUCAGUGUUGUCAGGCCGGUAUCGGCAGCACGUCUCGUCCCCAGGCAGCACGUCUCAACCCCAGGCAGCACGUCUCAACCCCAGGCAGCACGUCUCAUCCCCAGGCAGCACGUCUCAUCCCCAGGCAGCACGUCUCAUCCCCAGGCAGCACGUCUCAUCCCCAGGCAGCACGUCUCAACCCCAGGCAGCACGUCUCAUCCCCAGGCAGCACGUCUCAUCCCCAGGCAGCACGUCUCAUCCCCAGGCAGCACGUCUCAUCCCCAGGCAGCACGUCUCAUCCCCAGGCAGCACGUCUCAUCCCCAGGCAGCACGUCUCAUCCCCAGGCAGCACGUCUCAUCCCCAGGCAGCACGUCUCAUCCCCAGGCAGCACGUCUCAACCCCAGGCAGCACGUCUCAUCCCCAGGCAGCACGUCUCAACCCCAGGCAGCACGUCUCAUCCCCAGGCAGCACGUCUCAUCCCCAGGCAGCACGUCUCAUCCCCAGGCAGCACGUCUCAUCCCCAGGCAGCACGUCUCAUCCCCAGGCAGCACGUCUCAUCCCCAGGCAGCACGUCUCAUCCCCAGGCAGCACGUCUCAUCCCCAGGCAGCACGUCUCAUCCCCAGGCAGCACGUCUCAUCCCCAGGCAGCACGUCUCAUCCCCAGGCAGCACGUCUCAUCCCCAGGCAGCACGUCUCAACCCCAGGCAGCACGUCUCAUCCCCAGGCAGCACGUCUCAACCCCAGGCAGCACGUCUCAUCCCCAGGCAGCACGUCUCAUCCCCAGGCAGCACGUCUCAUCCCCAGGCAGCACGUCUCAUCCCCAGGCAGCACGUCUCAUCCCCAGGCAGCACGUCUCAUCCCCAGGCAGCACGUCUCAUCCCCAGGCAGCACGUCUCAUCCCCAGGCAGCACGUCUCAUCCCCAGGCAGCACGUCUCAUCCCCAGGCAGCACGUCUCAUCCCCAGGCAGCACGUCUCAUCCCCAGGCAGCACGUCUCAUCCCCAGGCAGCACGUCUCAUCCCCAGGCAGCACGUCUCAUCCCCAGGCAGCACGUCUCAUCCCCAGGCAGCACGUCUCAUCCCCAGGCAGCACGUCUCAUCCCCAGGCAGCACGUCUCAUCCCCAGGCAGCACGUCUCAUCCCCAGGCAGCACGUCUCAUCCCCAGGCAGCACGUCUCAUCCCCAGGCAGCACGUCUCAUCCCCAGGCAGCACGUCUCAUCCCCAGGCAGCACGUCUCAUCCCCAGGCAGCACGUCUCAUCCCCAGGCAGCACGUCUCAUCCCCAGGCAGCACGUCUCAUCCCCAGGCAGCACGUCUCAUCCCCAGGCAGCACGUCUCAACCCCAGGCAGCACGUCUCAUCCCCAGGCAGCACGUCUCAUCCCCAGGCAGCACGUCUCAUCCCCAGGCAGCACGUCUCAUCCCCAGGCAGCACGAAUCAUCCCCAGGCAGCACGUCUCAUCCCCAGGCAGCACGAAUCAUCCCCAGGCAGCACGUCUCAUCCCCAGGCAGCACGUCUCAUCCCCAGGCAGCACGUCUCAUCCCCAGGCAGCACGUCUCAUCCCCAGGCAGCACGUCUCAACCCCAGGCAGCACGUCUCAUCCCCAGGCAGCACGUCUCAUCCCCAGGCAGCACGUCUCAUCCCCAGGCAGCACGUCUCAUCCCCAGGCAGCACGAAUCAUCCCCAGGCAGCACGUCUCAUCCCCAGGCAGCACGUCUCAUCCCCAGGCAGCACGUCUCAUCCCAGGCAGCACGUCUCAUCCCCAGGCAGCACGUCUCAUCCCCAGGCAGCACGUCUCAUCCCCAGGCAGCACGUCUCAUCCCCAGGCAGCACGUCUCAACCCCAGGCAGCACGUCUCAUCCCCAGGCAGCACGUCUCAUCCCCAGGCAGCACGUCUCAUCCCCAGGCAGCACGUCUCAUCCCCAGGCAGCACGAAUCAUCCCCAGGCAGCACGUCUCAUCCCCAGGCAGCACGAAUCAUCCCCAGGCAGCACGUCUCAUCCCCAGGCAGCACGUCUCAUCCCCAGGCAGCACGUCUCAUCCCCAGGCAGCACGUCUCAUCCCCAGGCAGCACGUCUCAACCCCAGGCAGCACGUCUCAUCCCCAGGCAGCACGUCUCAUCCCCAGGCAGCACGUCUCAUCCCCAGGCAGCACGUCUCAUCCCCAGGCAGCACGAAUCAUCCCCAGGCAGCACGUCUCAUCCCCAGGCAGCACGUCUCAUCCCCAGGCAGCACGUCUCAUCCCCAGGCAGCACGUCUCAUCCCCAGGCAGCACGUCUCAUCCCCAGGCAGCACGUCUCAUCCCCAGGCAGCACGGCAACACACUCGGAGCGCGGGCGCACGGAAAGACGAGCUGA